AUGAAUACAUUAUUUGUAAUUAUAAUAUCAUUACUUUGCGUCAUUGUAAAUUCUUCACCAACUUCUAAUCCAGGAUUCACAAAAAUUAAUCUAAGAAAAGUCUACACAUCAGAAAUAGAUUCUGAAUUAUUAUCUUUAUUAAAACGUGAUCCUCAAGGAACUGCAAAAUUAGUGAAUCAAAAUGAUAGGCGUUAUGUUGGCUCAGUAUUUGUUGGUGGUCAAAAUUUUACCAUAAUAUUUGAUACUGGAUCUGCCAAUUUGUGGGUUCCAAGUGUUUACUGUACCGAUGCUGCAUGUACAGGUGCUAAUAUGUAUGAUCCUGCAAAAUCUACUACAUAUAAAAUGCUUCCUGCUCCAAAUAAUUUUUCUGUUAAUUUCGGUGAUGGUUCACAGAUCCAAGGAUAUAAAGCUACAGAUACUGUCAGCCUUGGUGGUCUCUCUAUUACACAAACUAUUGGUGUAGUAACAGUCUUUGGUUCUAGGUCUUAUAGUGGUGGCGGUGUUAUGGGCUUGAGAUUUACUCCAGAUGCGUCUUUUAAUACACCUACUGUAAUACAAACUAUGAAAGCGCAAAAUAUAUUAAAUAAAGCUUUGAUCAGUUUUCGCUUUAGUCCAAACAGCCCAAGUUAUCUAACACUUGGUGACGUUCCAAAUGAAUAUUCAAAUAGUAUUUCGUAUAACAAAGUGGUAGAUAAUAGUUCAUGGACUAUUGCAAUGAGUGAUGUUCAAGUCGAUGGAAGUUCUCUUGGACUUAAAUCAAAUGCUUUAGUUGACACUGGUGCUACCAUUAUUUAUGGAGAUUCUGAUCAUGUUUCCACUAUCCUCGGAAAAAUUAGUGGCGCUAGUCUUUCUAAUAAUAUAUGGUGGAUUCCUUGUGACACUAAAACAAAAAUCUCUUUAGUAUUUAAUGGAGUACCUUAUGAAAUUGAUCCUAGUAAUUUUAUAAGAUCAAAAAAUGCCACAACUGGACUAUGUAGAUCAGGUAUACAACCACAACCAGCUGCAACAGCUGCAGCAGGCCUCACUUGGACUCUCGGUGAUGUAUUUUUAACAAACGUACUUGCUGCAUUUGAUUUUGAUAAUUUACAAAUUGGUCUUGCUAAACCUGUGGCUACG